AUGUCGAAUCCAACACCCGAAGAACGUACCCAAGCGUUAAAGUUUAAAGAUGAAGGUAAUGCUUUUGUCAAAAAACAAGAUUUCUCAAAUGCCGUAAAAUCUUAUUCAAAAGCUAUUGAACUAGACUCUACUGUAUCAAUUUUCUACUCCAACAGAGCCUUCGCUGAAUUGAAGUUAGACAAUUUCCAAACAUGUAUGACUGAUUGUACUGAAGCGAUUAAACUAGAUUCUCAAAACGUAAAAGCAUAUCAUAGACGUGGGUUGUCAUAUGUUGGUCUAUUGGAGUUUAGAAAAGCUAAGAAGGAUCUGGACAUAGUGUUAAAGGCAAAACCUGGCGAUGCCACUGCUACUAAUGCAUUGAAAAUCUGUGAAAAGUUUAUUAGAGAAGAAAGGUUCAGAAAAGCAAUUGGUGGUGGUGCUGAUGAUGAAGCCAGACACAAGAUAUGCCAACUUGUUCCAUUGAAUUCAUUCGAUGCUAAUGCAGAUUUGCAAAACUAUGAUGGACCUAAAUUAGAGUUUGAACAAUUGACAAAUGAGAAGAACGAAAAUUGUGGUAUUGAAAUUAAGAAUAUGUCACAAGAUUUUAUUACAAAGAUGGUAAAUGAUCUUUUCUUGCAAGGUAAGACUUUACCUAAAAAAUAUGCAGCAGCAAUUGUGUCUCACGCAGAAAGAUUGUUCCGUAACGAACCAACAUUAAUUGAACUUGAAAAUGAGAAGGCUAAUAAAAAUGUCAAAAUAUCUAUCUGUGGUGAUACUCACGGUCAAUUUUACGACGUUCUUAAUAUUUUUAAGAAAUAUGGUAAAGUAGGACCUGAUCACACCUAUUUGUUCAAUGGUGAUUUUGUAGACCGUGGGUCAUGGUCCUGUGAAGUAGCUUUAUUGUACUAUUCUUUGAAAAUUUUAUUUCCAACUUCAUUUUAUUUAAAUAGAGGUAAUCACGAAACAGAAAAUAUGAAUAAAAUGUACGGGUUUGAAGAUGAAUGUAAAUAUAAAUAUUCAAAUAAAAUAUUCGAAAUGUUUUCUCAAAGUUUCGAAACUUUACCAUUAGCCACUAUAGUGAACGGUAAUUAUAUUAUUAUGCACGGUGGGUUACCAAGUGAUCCAACUUCCACAAUCGAUGACAUAAGGAAAAUUGAUAGAUUUGCUCAACCACCAAGGGAGGGUCUUUUCAUGGAAUUAUUAUGGUCUGAUCCACAAACUGCCGAUGGUUUGGGUCCAUCUCAAAGAGGUCUUGGUUUCUCUUUCGGUCCAGAUAUUACUGCUAAAUAUUUAGAGAGAAAUAAUCUUCGUAAGGUGUUUAGAUCCCAUGAAGUCAGAAUGGGAGGUAUAUUCUUCGAACAUAACAAGAAACUUGCCACUGUAUUUAGUGCUCCUAAUUACUGUGAUUCCCAAAACAACAAAGGUGCUAUUAUCCAUGUUGUACCUGGUAAAGGUAAAGCUGGCGAAUACAACAAUGAUGAUGAAGAUUUGCUGAUCGAGAUAUUCGAAGCUGUAAAACAUCCUGACAUUAAACCAAUGGCAUAUUCCAACGGUGGUAUGGGAUUUUAA